AUGUCUGUUAAAGAAGUAGUGACCACAUCUGUUGAAUUAUGUCAGAGUGAAGAUCCUCAUCACCCUGCCAACCUUAUUCCUGAAUUAUGUAGGUUAUUUUACAAUUUGGGUUGGGUCACUGGAACUGGAGGUGGUAUCAGUAUUAGAAAAGGAGAUAAGGUCUACAUCGCACCUUCAGGUGUUCAAAAAGAACGCAUGGAGCCCCAAGAUUUAUUUGUAAUGACCUUACAAGAUCGUACACUUUUAAGAAAACCCUUGACAUAUAAGCCUUCUGCUUGUACACCUCUAUUUUACAACGCUUACACCAUGCGCGAUGCAGGCGCCUGUAUUCAUACACACUCCCAGAAUGCCGUCAUGGCAACAUUGUUGUACCCUGGCAAAACGUUUGAGAUAUCUCAUCAAGAAAUGAUUAAAGGUAUUCGUAUUGGCUCAACAACACAGAACUUGCGCUAUUUUGAUAAGCUAGUCGUGCCUAUUGUUGAAAAUACACCUGAAGAAGAAGAUUUGACGGAUAGAAUGGCAGCCGCUAUGAGAGAGUAUCCCAAUACAAAUGCUGUCCUCGUACGUCGUCAUGGUGUUUAUGUCUGGGGAGAAUCUUGGGAAAAGGCAAAGACAAUGACUGAAUGCUAUGAUUAUCUCUUUGAGAUUGCGGUCAAGAUGAAAUCUAUCGGUAUUGAUCCCGCAAAAAAGCCAGAAGGGGAACCUGAUUAUGAAUAA